CGCCGAGCGCUCGCGGCAGCGCCCAUGGCGACGCCUGAGGAGUGGUACCGCAGUCUCCCGCCUGUGACGCGUGGGUAUAUGACCAGCGCCGUCGCUGCCACGCUCACCGUCCAGCUCGGCCUGCUCGAUCCGUCGCUCAUGCACCUCGACUUUCCGUCGAUCUUUGGCUCGCUCGAGCUGUGGAGGCUACUGACAAACUUCACCUUCUUCGGCACCUUCUCGUUCCCCUUCGUGAUGAGCCUCUUCUUCCUCAUACGCUACACCAAGGAGCUCGAGGCCAAGCGGUUCGAAGGCCGCACCGCUGACUUCCUGUGGGCAAUGGCCAUCAUGGGCGCGGUGCAGGCGGUGGUGGCGUAUGUACUCGGCGGCCUGCCCUUCCUCUCGCAGGCCAUGCUCUCCGCCAUCGUCUACGUCUGGUCGCGCGAGUUCGCCGACACCGUCCUCUCCGUCUUUGGCCUCUUCAACGUCCAGGGCUUCUACUGGCCGUGGGUGCUCGUCGCGCUGCGCGUCCUCAUGGGCGGCUCUCCAGUCCUCGACCUGGUCGGCAUCCUGUCUGGCCACAUCUACUACUUCCUCGAGGACGUGCAGGGCUACUCCCUCCGCGCGCCCGCCCUGCUCUCCGACUUCUUCGACCGCGGCCGGCCUGGGCCGGCGGCGGCGCAGGCGCAGCGCCGCAAUAUGUUUGGGAACCACAACUGGGGGGGAGGCGGGCAGCGGCUCGGCGGGUGAGUGGCGAAUGCGCGCGCGCGCAGUUAGUCCUCGGGCAGUCCCCAGGCCUUGACUGCUUCGCCGCGGCGCCGGGUGGCGGGAGAGGCCCGGGGGGCGGGAGGGGCUGUGGAGAGCAGGGCGCACGACGCGGCGUGCGCGACAGCGCGAGUUGCCGCGGGCAAAUCGUGAAGCGCUAGCCCGCGGGCAAUGGCUCAUCAACGCUUCGGUAGAGGCCAGCGGUUCACCUUCGCGGCGUGUCUGGGAGUCUGUGACGGCGGCGGGGUGCCGCGGGACAGCUUAAAAAAAAUUUUGCACUCAGA